AUGCCUCUUCCCAAGCGCCAGAACUUGCCAAGCACAGCCGCAAAGGCCGAAAAGGCCAGCGCAGCUUCUCGCGACCCGCGCUUCGCAAACUUCGAGACGGACCCCAAGUUCCGGCUGCCCUCCAAGAAGCACACCAAGGUUAAACUCGAUGCACGGUUCGCGCGCAUAAAGAGCGACCCCGACUUCUACAACAAGGCCUCGGUCGACAGAUAUGGCCGCAAGAUAUCCAAAGACGCAGGCAAGAAGGUCAUCGAAAGACUGUAUGAGGUAGACAGCGAUGCAGAUGACCAGGAAGACGAGGACGAGUCGGAGCCCGAGCGCCCGUCCAGCAACAAGCGGGACAAUGCUGUUCGGAAGGAAAUGAAAAGGGUUGAGCAGAAAGGCUACGAUCUGAUCCGGCGGGGUGGGCUUGAAUCGUCGUCGGACGAAAGCUCCGAUGAGGAAGAGGAAGAAGUCGAUAUCUACGAGCAGGCCGAGCUCGCCGGCGACGGCCACGAAGUCCCCACGGGCGACAUCUCGGCGCGCCUGGCUGCAGUCAAUUUGGACUGGGACAACAUCCGCGCCAUUGACAUCAUGGCAGUUGCAAACUCCUUCGUCCCGGCAGACGGAAGGAUUCUCAACGUCGUCAUAUACCCCAGCGAGUUUGGCAUGGAGCGUCUACAGCGCGAGGAGAUUGAGGGUCCACCCCGCGAAAUCUUUGCUUCGACAGCCAGCAAAGGCAAGAAUAACAUUGGCGUGUCUGGUCCUGACUCUGAUGCUUCUGAUUCAGACGACCAAGAGCAGCCAGAUGCCGCUUUGGAAGAAGAUAACAAUGGCGAAGAGUUCGACUCGACCAAACUGCGAGCCUAUCAGCUUGACCGACUGCGAUAUUACUACGCUGUCAUUACAUGCUCUUCCGCCAAUGUCGCAAAGUCCAUCUAUGACAACCUCGAUGGCCGCGAGUAUCUGACGAGUGCAAACUUCUUCGACCUCCGGUUCGUCCCCGACGGCACAACGUUCGACCAGGAUCCGCACGAUGAAUGCUCAAAGCUGCCUGACGGUUACAAGCCAAACGAGUUUUCGACUGACGCACUUACCCACUCAAAGGUCAAGCUGACGUGGGACGCCGAUGAUGCCACCAGAAAGGAAGUCCAGAAGCGUGCCUUUUCACGCAAGGAAAUUGACGAGAAUGAACUGCAGGCAUAUCUCGGUACAGACUCUUCGUCGUCCGAAGAUGAAGAGGAGGCGGCAAAAGCAGAAAAGGCAGCAAGUCUGCGGGCAGCUCUAGGGUUGGAGGCAUCGGGCAAGAGCGCCAAGCCCAAGAAGAAGGCGUCUGCGAAGAAAGACCGUGACUUUCCAAAGCCGGAUAGCGAGAUGCAAAUCACCUUUACAGGCGGACUAUCAAACGAGACUGGCAAAGGUGACGUGUUUGAAAACGACAUUCCUGUGCAGGAGACAACCAUGGAGAAGUACAUCCGGAAAGAGAAGGAGAGGAAAGCGAAGCGUAAGGAGAGAUGGGAGGCCAAAAAGGCUGGCAGAGAUCCCGAUGCCCCUGUUGAACAGCCAGGGGCCGCCGCAGAAAACGCAGAUGACGAUCCGUUCAACGACCCCUUCUUCGCAUCUGAUCCCGAAGAAGCUGCCAAGGCUUCAAAGAAGGAGGCCAAAAAUUCCAAGAAGGCCAAGAAAGCAGAGCAAGAGCUGCAAGACCAAGCGGCAGCAGCGGAGCGCGCCAAUCUUGAGCUGCUCAUGGCCGAAGACGACGAUUCAAAGAUGCGUCAUUUCGACAUGAACGAAAUUCUCAAGUCGGAGCAGAUUAAGAAGAAGGGAAAGAAAGCCAAGAAGAACGCCCCAGUGGUGGAAGACAAGUUCAAGAUCAACACGACCGAUCCACGUUUCGCGAAGCUGUACGAGAGUCAUGAGUUUGCCAUUGAUCCCACGAACCCUAGAUUCAAGGAGACUGCAGGUAUGAGGGCACUGCUAGAGGAAGGCCGCAAGAAGCGAAAGCAAGGACGGGAUGGCGACGAGCCGGAAGCGGAGCGCGGGAUUAAAAAGUCCAAGCAGGAGACAGCAGGCGCAGAUGAAGACAUCAAGAAGCUCGCUGCCCGGGUCAAGGCGAAGAGCAAACAAAAGUGA